UAUUCGACAUCCAUUGCGUUUCCUCAGCUUCUGAAAGGCAAGGUCGCUAGCUCACCUCCGGAUUGGCCGUCAAGUCUACAAGCAAGAGACUGGAGAUUCCACACACUUAACGUCGUUCAAUUACUACUGUUGUUUCUUCGGCAGACUUGACUUUGGCUGACUUAUCAUUGCUCUUACUCCCAACCCCGCGCUCAGUAUACUCACUCGGACGUACUUGCUGCUUAGCACACGGACAAUCGAAGGAGACGCCAUGGAGAAGACCACAAACUUACAAGAAACCGUGCAUUCGCCUAAGGACGAGGGCGGCACCACGCUGGGGUUGUCACUAGACAAAGCAUGGGCCCCUAAAACAGAAGAAAAGGCCGAAACGGAAGCGGGAAAUGACUCGACGGGGGACGCACCGGAAGAGAAUCACGAUUAUGUCACAGGGUACAAGCUCGCACUUCUCUUGGCAAGUGUGACAACGUUCUUCUUCUUGCAGAUGCUGGAUAUGUCGAUUAUCAGCACCGCCAUACCGCAAAUAACAUCGGAUUUCCACAGCUUGCCAGAUAUCGGAUGGUACAGCGGUGCAUAUCAACUUACAAGUGCGACCCUCCAACCCCUAACCGGCAGGUUCUACACGAGAGUACGCGCAAAAUGGGUAUUCCUAUUCUUCUUUUUCAUCUUCGAGGUUGGCUCUCUCAUCUGCGCCGUCUCUAAAUCAUCAGUUAUGUUCAUCAUCGGCCGCGCGGUCGCGGGUCUCGGGGGUUCCGGUUUGCAGAACGGUGGUUUGACGGUUAUUGCGGGUGCGGUACCCUUGGAGAGUAGGCCGUUUUAUAUGGCGUUUAUGAUGGCUUUUGGACAACUCGGCCUGAUCGUUGGACCCCUAAUCGGAGGUGUCUUCACGCAAUACGUGACCUGGCGCUGGUGCUUCUACAUCAACCUUCCACUCGGCGGCGUCGCUGGUCUCUUUCUCGCCCUACUACACGCGCCGGACCAAAUAAAGAAACCGCAGGUCUCAUUCUCGCUCCUGCGCAAGGUUAUCCCUCAACUCGAUCUCCUCGGUUUCGCCAUCUUCGCCCCUUGCGCCGUCAUGUUCCUGUUGGCCUUACAAUUCGGAUCCUCCGACUACCCCUGGAACUCGUCGACGGUAAUUGGUCUGUUCGUGGGCGCGGGUGUUGCAUUCCCGAUUUUCUUGUAUUGGGAGCAUCGCCAGGGUGCCGAAGCCAUGAUACCGCUUUCGAUGGUUAGGCAGCGGUAUGUGUGGGUUAGCAGCAUUCAAUUCGCUUCUCUAACCACAAGCGUCUUUGUUGGUGGCCAGUUCUUCCCGAUCUACUUCCAGUCCGUUAAGGGCGUGGGGCCGACAUUGAGUGGUGUGUAUAUGUUGCCUGGUAUUUUGUCUGGACUUCUGUUCGUCCUUAUCUCUGGAUCUCUAGCGACAAAAGUUGGUUACCUCCUUCCAUGGGCUCUAUUCGCUGGAGCGGGUACCGCAGUUUCCGCUGGUCUGAUAUCGACCUGGGGCCCUGAUACUUCUACGGCGAAAUGGGUCGGUUAUCAGAUCCUGUACGGUGUCCGUGGUUGUGGUUUACAAGCCGGCGUAAUCACACUUCAAAAUGUCCUACCACCGGCUCAGGGCGCAUUGGGCAUCGCAUUUCUCAUCUUCUGCCAAAACAUCUCGACAGCCGUCUUCUCUGUAGUAGGUAACACCAUCUUCACACAGUCUCUAGUCAAGCAGAUCACAGCGUUGGCACCAUCCGUCAGUCCGGCUGCAGCUCUGGCGGCUGGUGGUAGUGCAGAAGCAGUGCGCGCAUUGGCGCCACCGGGAAGUCCGGAGUUGGCUGGCGUUAUCCAGGCCUUCGCCAAUAGCUUCGAUACGGUAUGUUACUUGCUGAUCGCUGCUGCGUCCCUAAGUUUUGUGGCGUCGUGGGGGUUCGGUUGGAUCGAUGUGAGGAAGAAGCCGGAGCCCGGGAAAGGAGAUGUGUAAAACUUCACUUAAUUGUUGAGGGAUUUACUGUAUAUUAUUGGGAAUAGAAGGUACUUUCUUCCCUUGGCUUGGGAGAGAUUGUCACGGGCGCUGGAUGUCUUCGAAUUCGGUAGCAUAGAUUAGAAUCACCUCUCUACCUAGGUAGUUUGAGAUUCAAAAGAUAGUGGAUAUUUCGAUAGUUACUUUUAAUCUUCAAAAUACCCUUCUGGAUAUAUUCUCUUCGACUGACU